AUGGGCGAUAGCGAAGGGGAAUUCGUAUUUCCCGUACGCAGCGUCUUUAAUAGAACUACUUCGACGUUGUCUCUAAGCUCUGCGCCCAGUGCAUCUCACGCUGACGCCGAAGCUAGCUCAGCGCGAGGUGAGCAGGACUGGGAUCUUCAAUCGAGCAUUGCCAGCGACAGUAACAAUACGAGCAAGGAUUUCAUCCAAGAGGAGAGCAAAAACGACUGCGCUCCAACCCAGCAGCCAACUUCACCAACUGCAAAUCACGCAAAUUUCGAUAGACGCAAAGCUGAAAAUGAGAAAGUCAGCUCCUCAGUUAGCCAGCCGAGGUCGGUCCCAAGGGGUAUUGACAGAAAUGUUCAUCUCAAUGAUCCGAAUCAGCCUUUGCCAGAAGAUGAGGAAAUGCAGGCUCAAUUAUCAAGCACAAGUCUUUCUAAUGGUGCUGAUGAUAGCGCAGGUCCCACUAAGGAAGAAGAGGAAAUGCGUGAGCGUGACCACAUUGCCACUAAAAUGGAAGAUAUGGGAGAUUCGAACUCUUCUGGCAGCAGAAGCGAUGAGGAUGGUACUAGGAAACAACCUUCUACUGCAGCGGAAGCAAUGGACAUACACAAAGAUAAGCUAUCUAAAGCAAAUAAUCUCAAUAAACCAUCAAUUCCUAUAAAUGAAAUUCCAAUUGAUCAAAGUGAAGGUGAAUCAUCCAUUAAUUCAUUGGCGGAUGAAGAAUCACCUCUACCAACUACGAGGCGAUUCCAAUAUUACGAAGAGAACGGUGAAUUCUACUUGAUCACACACCACAACUCAAAGAUGAAAAAGUGUGAGGACGAACCAAUCAGUAGGCCUGGUGCAAUUCAGCCAUUCGGAGCUAUGAUUGUGCUACAAAAUGACGACAAUGGCAACUCCAUCGUCCGUCAAGCAUCAGAAAAUUGUCCUGACAUUAUUGGCUGUUCGCCAGAAUUCCUCUUCUCCCUAAAUUGUUUUACCAACAUCCUCGACAAUGACAGCAGAUUAAAAAUGAGAGACAUUCUCUUCGAUUUGGCUGUUGUGGAUGAUUCCGGAUCCGAUAGUUCUGGGGUUUUUGAAAAAGACAAAGCUCAAGUGUUUGCUGUCAGUGGCCGUGGGGAUAUUAACUUACAAGAUCAGUACAGCGACAGUGCUUUCUCUGACGAAAGUAAUCAUAACAAGGUCUGGACUUGUUGGUGUGCUGUUCACAAACCAGAACUACCACCACCUCUCAAUAAACACUAUCCACCUCCUGAAGAGGUGUUUGGCAGACAAGGAUUUUACAUAUUAGAGUUUGAACCGAUCGUAUCGCUCAAAUACCCUGCAUAUGUAGAUGAAGUUUCCAAAUUACCGAAAGAAUUUGAUGCCAGAGACGCAAAACCAGCCGAGUCUUUAGAUCUCAAUCUUAGCUCAAGCGGAAAAAAUCCAUCAUCCGGUGUUACCCAUGAUACGGGCUCUACGACUGCGGCUUUGACCUCUAAUUCUGGGAAAGGUGGCAAUACUGGGACCACGCAAUCUAGUGAAACCGUACAUGCAGUGCCAGGUGAAGGCAAUAAAUUUAAAGAUGAAAAAAGACAUCGUCAGCAAACGCGCAUGACAAAUGAAGCAGUUGAUGCAUCUCACGGUAACGACGAUGUUUCUAUUGAAGAUAUUCGUCGUAGCACAACUCCAUAUCACAGGCCGCUUAAAACUCUUGCGAGAAUAAGAAAGGCCGAACGUACUCACGAAACACGUCAAAGGGUCGCAACCUUACUUGAAAACGCUAAUCAAGCAAAUGAGGAUGAAGAAGCAGCCGAGAAGCGUCGAAAGUCACAUAGACGUGCACAAGCUAGAUCGAAAGUUCAAAGAAGCAUGAAUAUGCCAGGUAGUCUGUCAUCAUUAGAUAUUGUUGGCUUGUUGGGAGAGAUAAAUGAGCAGCUUAGCUCCGUUAAUGAUGUCCAACAGCUUUUCGAUGUCACUGUUGGUAUGGUCAAGGAUUUGACUCAGUUUCACAGAAUAAUGUUGUAUCAAUUUGACCCUGAGUACAACGGCAAGGUUGUCGCCGAACUAGUUGACUGGCAAAGGAUGAAGGAUCUCUAUCAUGGCUUAAACUUUCCUUCAUCUGACAUCCCCGCACAAGCGCGCGAUCUCUACAAGAGAAACAAAGUUCGUCAGUUAUACGAUAGAGAUAAGCUUACUGCAAGAAUGGUCGUUCGCGAUGGUAUAGAUUUAGCAUAUCCUUUAGAUAUGUCCAAUUGUUCUCUUCGAGCAAUGUCGCCAAUACACAUCAAAUAUCUCGGAAACAUGAAUGUCAGAGCCUCACUCUCAAUCAGUAUAGUAGUAUUUGGUCAGCUUUACGGUCUGGUAGCGUGUCAUAGUAGCGGUGAUAAUGGAAUGCGUGUAACAUUCCCAAUGUUGCAAGUUCUCAAGCUACUUUCAGACUCUAUUUCACGUAACGUAGAGAGGCUGGCAUACACACGCCGACUUCAAUCAAGAAAGUUGAUAUCCACAGUUCCAUCAGAAACUCACCCUGGUGGUUACAUAGCAUCUACAGCACUUGAUUUACUUAGUGUCUUUGAUGCGGAUUAUGGGCUUUUGUCUAUUGGAGACACAAUGAAAAUUCUAGGCGAUAUGAAUCGUAGUAGAGAAGUUAUAGCAAUUGGAGAGUUUUUGCGAAUGCAAAGAUUUGAGCAAAUGAUUUAUACAAACAACAUAAACAAAAACUUUCCUGAACUAGAGGCAAGCAGCUCAAUCGGAUCUAUAGCUGGAUUACUUUACAUACCCCUUUCUAAAACUACUGAAGACUUUAUCUGCUUCUUGAGAAGAGGUGAAAUGUCGUCAGUGUCAUGGGCAGGAAAUCCUAAUAAGAACAAGAAUAUUUCUUUACAACCAAGAGCAAGCUUUAAAAAGUGGACAGAAGAGGUUAUGAUGUCCGCGAAGCAAUGGGAAGACGAGCAGCUCGAGACUGCAGGUGUACUUGCGGUUGUUUAUGGUAAAUUUAUCGAGAUAUGGAGGCAAAAGACUGAACUCAGCAAAACCAGUCACCUGUCUCGUAUUUUGCUAUCGAAUGCCUCACAUGAAGUCAGAACUCCUCUCAAUCACAUAAUAAAUUACGUUGAAUUGGCAUUGGAAGGCAAUCUUGACAACGAAACGAGAGAAAACUUGACACGCAGCAGAGAUGCAUCAAAGAGUUUGUUAUUCACAAUCAAUGAUCUACUUGAUCUUACAAAGGUUGAUUCUGGUCAGGAGGUGCUUUUCAAUGAGCCAGUUCACUUGAAACAUCUUGUUUCUGAAACUGUGCAGGAAUUUAAACAAGAAGUGGAGAGACGUAGUCUCAAUCUCAAACUUCGUACCAUAUUGACAUCUCUCAUAAGCAAUGCAGUAAAAUACAAUAAAGAUGGCGGUAAUAUUUUCGUCGGCCUCAAUGAACUAGAUAAGGAGUCUAAUAGAGCAAACAUUGCACUCACUGUUCAAGACGAAGGUGUCGGCAUAAAAAAGCAAAAGCUUGAAGCUUUGUUUACAGGAUUCGAAAAGGUUGAUUUUCAAUUAACAGAAAGCGGAGGCAGUGAUGGAUCCGAUAUUAAUUUGGGACUCGGUUUGGCAUCGUGUGCUAGAGCCAUAGAGCAACUUGACGGACAGUUGAAGUGUUCAUCCGAGCCUGGAAAAGGUAGCGUAUUCACAGCAAUUCUUCCUUUUAAUCUACCAGAUAAGGCGACUUUAGAGAGUGCUUCAAACCCUGGUAGCUCUGAUCUCUCUGAGCGUUCAGUGCGAAUCAAAUACCGAAACAAAGCUCCUCAAACAGAAGGGGAUACUGUCACAAGUGAUGAAGUUCAAACGAUUGGAAAAGACUUACAACAAAGAAGUGAGCUUGACUCGUUUGUUGAAGCCUUAGCACCAUCGUCUUCAGGAUCCGGUCUGACAAAGAAUUCUGAAUCAUCCACUGCACAAAAAAUUCCACAAAGGGCACGCCCUGGUGAUUCUGACCAAAGUAUUGGCGGAAGCAAGAGUGCCAGUAGCAGUGGUGACAGCGGAAGCAGUAGCACAAAAGCUAAGAGGCGUUCAAGAAAAGGUAGAUUUCAAGUUCAAGAUAGCGCUUUUCCAAUCAAGGCUGCUCCUGGACGUUCAACUUCCAUACCGCAAAACGAUAUACAUUCAGUCAGUGAGGGUAUCGAGGGCUUGAGGGUGGCAGAUACCGAAACUGUUAAUAGCAAGAGUGAUGUGAUAAUGGAAGAUAAGGAGCACGAAGAAGUGCAUGAGGAUGACAAUGUUAUACCAGAAAUUCCAGCCAGAGUGAUCUAUAUUGACGAUGAUCCAAUCAAUCGCAAUAUACUGAAGAAGAAGCUAUCCAAGGGUGACAGCUGCACAGUUGAGCUGGCAAACAAUGGUGAAGCAGGUGCAGAAGCUGUAAUAAACGACGAAAAAGGCUUUGAUGUGGUCUUGAUGGAUCUCAUGAUGCCCAUAAAGGACGGUUACAAUUCAUGCGAAAGCAUAAGACAAGCGGAGAAAGCCGGAAAAGUUAAAGGCCGUAAUUGGCAUCGCAUUAACAAAAGAAUACCAAUUUUUGCAGUAUCUGCAUCUAUAUCACCAAAUGAUCACGACGCAUUGAUAGAGUGUGGAUUUGAUGCCUUCUUCACCAAGCCAAUCAACUUUGACUUGUUGAACAACAGAUUGAUUGCAGGUUUGAUUGACAAGGAUAAAUAUGUCAACGGCAUAUACAGCGAAAACUCAACUGAGAGUUUCGAGAAGGGUGGUUUUUUACGAGACCUCCAGUGA